UACUACAAAAUCAUCAUGAGGAAAGCGUCCUAUCCUCGCCCGAUCCACGAAGAUGUGGAUGUCAAAGCAGAAAGGGAGAAAAUCAAAACAACAGACAUCGCUACCCUCAAGAAAAAGAACGCCAUCCUGCUGGUAGACGCCCAGAAGAACUACGCCCGCCAAUGCUCGUCUCGCUGUGCUGUACAUUCGCUCAGUCUCAGCAUCGGCCACAACGAGUGUUUCGGCAUUCUCGGCCAAACUGGCUCGGGGAAGACAACCAUCUUUAAGAUGUUGACUGGGGAGAUUUCCAUUACGCAGGGGGACAUAUUCGUUCACGGGGAUAGUGUCAAGACCACACGGACCCAAAAGACGAUCGGCUACUGCCCCCAGUUGCCGGCACUCCAACACAGACUGACGGGGCGUGAGGUGCUCCUCCUGUACGCCAGGCUCAAGGGGGUCGUUGGGGACAGUGUGUCCCAGCUGGUGGAAGAUAUUAUAGACUUCAUCAAGCUCAGGCCGCAUGAGGACAAGCAGACCAAAAACUACAGCAACGGAACUAAAAGAAAACUGUCAGUUGGAAUCGCCAUAGUGUGUAACCCCAACCUGCUGGUACUAGAUGAUCCCACGGCUGGGAUGGAUCCGGUCUCUCGGCGAAACAUGUGGGACAUUAUGCUCUCCAUCAAGGCUCAUAAAAGGACGAUACUGAUGACAUCACACAGCAUAGAGGAAUGCCAAGCUUUGUGCGGUAAAUUUGCUAUCAUUAAAAAGGGACAGUUACUUUGCCUAGGAAGCCGAGAAAGUUUGGAGAACAAAUUUAAAACAGUUUAUUCAGUAUUCCUUUACGCCAAUCAGUUAGAAAACGGACUUUUGAUACCAAUAGAACCGGCUGUAGAUUUCGUGCAUGGAUCAUUUAUAAAUGUUGUGUUGUUCAGUAAACAAAAGGCCCUGUGCCAGCUACAAAUACCCCAGCAUGUUCGACUGUCUGCACUCUUCACUAUCUUAGAGAAGGCCAAAGAAAGUUACAAUUUAAAACACUACACGGUGCAGAAAACUUCAUUAGAGCAAAUCUUCUUCAAGAUGAUUAAGGAAGAACAUUACUAGAUCUUGUACAACACAUUUUUACUGAAAUAAACGGACAAAUUUAAGUAUCGCAUUGGCCGCACUUCGGGCUU